AUGCCAGCCAGCCGCCGCCACUCUCCCAUCCUCCCGCCUCCCCUCUCGCCGCCCCUCACUUCCCCUCUCCCUGCGCCGCCCCUUGUCCAAACAGACCCCUCGCUGGCACACGCUGGCACCUCGCGGCCUCCCUGGCGACGCGCGGCACUCCCCACCACACAAAAUGGCACUGUCGCCUCGCCCUGCUUUCCAUUGAGUGCGACGUCGCGGCUGAGCGUCUUUUUAGCGCGGCGAGGCGGGCUGUUUGAUGCGCCGCCGCCGCCGCCACCCGCCGCCGCGCUUUGGUCGGGGCCUGAAUGGCGGGCAGUCGGCGGUCGGGGCGGAGAAUGCGCGGCGGCGUCUGAGGUGGAGACUCCCGCCGGAGGUUUAGUGACUCCCGCGCUGAAAGGCCGCCACCAACACUCUCCGUCCCCUCCACCCCUCUCCACCCGCGGGCCCCGCCGCCCCCGCUCCCGCCCCCGCCCCGGCCCGUCCCGCUAG